AUGAAUGAAGACAAUAAUUUAAUAAAGACUUGGUAUUUUUAUUUUAAAUGGGCUGGAUUGUGGAAAGCGCAUCGAAUUGGAAUUCGGAUGGGAAAUUUUGAAAUGCAGCAUGAAUCACUCUCUGCAUUUGCACCACUCUUUCCAGUAGCCGAUAUUUCGGGAUUAUCUAAUAUGACCGCAGAAUAUACAUCUGAAGGAUGGACCAGAUUAUUUAAUUGUUAUUCAAUAGGAGAAGAGCGUCUUAAUGUUAUAUUACAACAAGACAUUUUAAAACGCGAAAAACGAGUUGCAAAGGGCAGAAGAGCAAAAAAUAUUGGACAUAAUAAAAUAGCAAAUAUGAAAAAAUCUAAUAAUAAUAAUACUAAGGGUCGUGGUAGAGGUGGAGUUCAGCAUUUCCAAAAUUCAUUGGAAUUUUGGAACUGUGAAACAAAUAAUAUUUUAAUCUUGGUCCAAGACCAGAAAUUUAAAUGA